AUGUCAGAAUUUGAAGAACUUAACAACACUGUGGGAGAUCAUAGCUGUUGCUUGUCAUGCCAUUUGAAGUGUCUAUGCAGUGACACAAAGUGCAACAUUGACAUACCGUUUACUCACCACAGUUAUCAAGUGAGGGGUUCCUCCAAAGAGUCUUUAAAGAAAAGAAAGACUACCCUUCAACAAAGGUUACUGCUUGAAGAAUUGUUGAGGGACAGGCAAAGGGAACUCUCUUCUAAGUGCUCAGUCUAUUACCUGUCUCCAGAGUGUACAACUGGAUUUAGCGAUAAUCUGAUUAAGUCAGUACUGUCUCAUUGUAAGUACAUUUUUAAUGUGGAUUACAUAAUGGAGAAUUUGCCUGUUUUCAAAAAAGAGCAUGCUUGUGACAUCCUCCAUAUGGUUAGAGAUUCUUUUGAAGAUUUUGAAAUUAAUGAUGAGACACUCACAGACACUGACAAUCAAGAACUUGUUUUUUCUGAGACAUUUGACCUUGAAUAUGGU